GGAGAUGCAUUUUGGUCUUUUGGAUUUUCAUCUUUCCACGGGAAUUGAUAGCAAUAUAUUUCCCUUACUGAUCUUUGGUGGAGGGUUUGCGGUUGAGUAUUAGGAUAUUUGCAUUGUAACCAAAGGACAUUGGUGGAGGCACAAGCAGAUGGAAGUGAAGACUUUAUGGCCUUCUAGGUUGCUGAUGGUAUUCCUUGAGCACUCCAUAACAAAAGAAAUUUCCCUCUAUUUAUGGAUGGGUGGUCACUGGAUUCAAGGAUGAACUACCAGUUGUUACACGCAUCACUUCCCCCGUCAAAUGAACAGGUUCGUGAAUUUAUGGUUUUCAAAAUUCACAAUGGUGCCCAAUCUAUGAGGACGACUCCCUUCGACUCUAGCUCCGGUUUAUUAUAGUUUUGAUUUACAUUCAUACCUUCCCGGUGAAUUAGACGUAAUUUUCGCCUGUCCCUCAGCAAUGGAUUACAAUCCUUGGGCGAUUCAAACUGGCAGAACCUGCAACAGUUUGGAAAAUUAUUCUUCAGUUAUGGAGACACGAAUGAUCAGUGGAAUAAAUGACAACAAAAAGGAAUGGACAUGUAAGGUUAGAGUUGUGGAGAAAUGGAACAUCAAAGACUCAAGGACGAGCCCUAACAAGUACAGACCUUUUAUAUUGCAGGAUGAGGAGGGUACCAAGGUUCUUGCUCUUGCAAAUAGUGGUGACAUUGAACAAAUUGAUAAGAUACUCGACCUCAAAAACGCUCUUCCAAGACCGCCGGAGACGAUCUCAGGCGCCCAAUCCAAGCUUUUCUCCGACCUUUUCAAACCUAGCAAGGAUGCAGCUCCAACACCGAUGAACUCCCCUCCUACGCCGAAGAUGUUCAAAGGAUGCCCAUCAAUCUCCUUCUCUAAAGAGGAUGUUGAUGGACUGGCAGGAAAGUUCAGAUAUGCCCUCAUCGGAAAAUUCAGAAGACGGCCUCCACUCUCCGUCUUUCAAAACUUUCUGAACCGCCUUGGUUUCUCUAGCGGGUUUACAGUGGGGGAACUAUUUUCUAAUAGUUUCCUCAUCAACUUUGAUCGUGAUGAAGAUUAUCAAAGAUUUUUCUACCGUAAAGUCUGGACACUUGGUAAAGACACGAUGUAUGUCACUAAAUGGUCUCCAAACUUACGGCAUGAUGAAGAUUCCCCAGUUGUUCCAGUCUGGAUCUCCCUCCCUCAUUUACCCAUACAUCUUCAUGAGCAAAAGGCCCUCUUCAACAUAGCUUCCAUGUUGGGAACUCAUUUGAAAGUUGAUCAAGCCACUCUCAACUUCACCAGACCAAAGUGUGCCAGGGUUUGUGUGGAAGUUGACGUUUCUAAGCCCCUACACCAACGCAUCCAUAUCAAGCAUGUGGAAGAUGAUCUUUUCUUCCAGGUCCAAUAUGAAGAUCCACCAGUUUUCUGCAAUUCUUGCCGGAAACUUGGUCACAACCUCCAAUCAUGCAAGCUGGCUAAUCCCUUGAUCAGAGAACCCCUCAAGGAUCAGGAAAUCCAUAAGGUCCAGGACAAAAACCCUGCAACGGUGCUAGAUGGCUGGACCACAGUUCAGUGCAAAGGGAAAGCCCCUACCAUUCCUCCAGCCAGACGAGAAAAUAGACGAGAAGAUAUGUCCAACAAGGUUCCUCAAAAAAUGUGGAUCCCAAAAUCCAUAUCAGAUUAUGGCCAACCGGAAACUUCCAAAAGGGGUGAACAUAGAGGCCCUACUUUUAUCCCAUCCACCACAACUUUAUUUUUGGAGCCUUCCGGUCUUGCACACUCCCACUUACCUUUGCAUGUGGAAGUUCAUGAAGCUGUCCCUGUUGCCAACUCAGUGAAUACUGCCCUACAUCCCAUCCCUCUUGUUGACAUAUCAGAAGAAGACACCCCUCCCGAGGACAUCUCAGAAGAAGACAUCCCUCUCAAAAUGACUUCCAGCUCAGCACCCCCUUCCCCUAAGGCAAAAUCUCACAAAUCUAAGCUACCCACUGAAGAAGAAGCAAUCUGUGGGAAAUGGAUCCCAACUCCUGUCCUGGUCCAGAUGGUUACAAUGUCCAUUUCUUCAAAGAAUGCUGGGACUUCAUCAAAAGAGAAGUCACUUCUGCAUGUCAAGAAGCCCAUCUGCCUCUCAACAGUGGCCUCCAAAAUUGCUACCAAAUGCAUUGCCAACAGACUCAUGCAGCUCUUACCCCUGAUUAUUUCAGAGGAACAAGGAGCUUUUGUGCCAAGAAGAGAAAUCUUUGAUCAGAUCUUAAUCACCAAGGAAAUGGCCCACAAUAUGGACAGGAAAACAGAGGGGGGCAACAUCAUCCUCAAACUUGAUAUGGCAAAGGCAUUUGACAAAGUAAAGUGGUCCUUUUUACUUCACAUCCUUCAAAGAUUUGGUUUCUGUCAUAGUUUCCUACACAUGGUCAAAACAGUUCUCUCAACCUCCAAAUAUUCAGUGCUUCUUAAUGGAAAGCCUUGUGGUUUCUUUGGACAAUCUAGAGGAAUUAAACAAGGAGACCCUCUCUCCCCUCUCCUUUUUAUCAUAGCUAAUGAAGGCUUCUCUAGAAACAUUAACAAACUUUUCAUGAAUGGUGCCCUUGGCAAGUUUAAUUGUGGUAGAAACAGCAUCCCUAUCUCCCACCUCUCAUAUGCUGAUGAUAUCAUCAUUUUCACUAAUGCCCACGCCAGGAAUCUCUCCAACCUAAAAAAGUUCAUCCUCAACUACCAACAAAUCUCUGGCCAAACAAUCAAUUCUUCCAAAUGUAGCUUCUUCACUGGAAAGAAAUUCAACUCUUCUGGGAUCAGGAAACUGGAGAAACUUCUUGACAUGCCUCACAGGAAGUUCCCUUUUACUUACCUGGGAAGCCCCAUCCAUACUGGCAUCACAAGAAAAUCCCACUGCACCAACAUCAUCUCUGCAUUUGACAGGAAACUCAAUGGCUGGCAUCAACAUCACCUGGACCAAGCUGGUAGAUUGAUCCUCAUCAACCAUGUUCUCAACACUAUCCCUAACUACUUUCUUGCUACCCACACUAUGCCUAAAUCCAUAAUCAACACCCUCCACCGAAAAAUGGCUAGAUUUUGGUGGGGUGGUAAUAGCAAGAAACACCACUGGUUAACAUGGGAUACUCUUUCCUUACCCAAAGAAGAAGGAGGAAUUGGCACCAGAAACUUCCAAGCCCUGGAAGAAGCUUUCAGCAUGAAACUGUUGUGGAAUUUCACUCAUAAUGAUAGCCUCUGGUGCAGGUUCAUGAGAGCAAAAUAUAUGCGAAAUGAUGACAUGGAUUAUCACUUGGUAGAUUCACCAACCUGGAAUCGAAUCUGUAAGAUUGACGAAAAAGCAAGCAAUCACUGCAGUAUUCAUGAUGACACUAUGAGUCGGAAUGAGGACUCAACAGGGAGUUUCACCCUCAAAAGUGCUUAUGAGAUCUGCAGAUCCAAAUCAAACCCUUCCUAUGCAUAUAAAUGUAUCUGGGAUUCUCAUCACAGCCUAAAGAUCAGCAUUUUCAUCUGGAAAAUCUUUCGUAACUGCCUCCCAAUCCCAGAAAAUUUACGUAAGAUGGGUUUCGCUCUUCCUUCCAUAUGCCCCUUCUGCAAAUCCAGCAGCCAAACAGCCAAACACUGCUUCGUGGACUGUGAUAAAAUUGUUGCCAUAUGGAAUCAUUUUUCCAGCUGCCUUAACUUCCCACAUGCUAAAACCAACUCCCUCACGCAACACUUCAUGAACUGGUGGCUGCGUAAUACUUCAAAUCUGCAUGGUUUCCUGAGACUACACCUUCCUUCCAUCAUCACCUGGCACAUUUGGAAGAAGUUUAAUGACAUUACCCAUGGUGAGUUAAGAAGUGGUGUGGAGACCACAAGGGUAAGUGUUGAAAUAAAUUUGGAGAAUCGGGUCAGUAUAUCUGAGGUUGCUACUUCUUUUGAUUCUGAAUUAGAAUCUGAAACUGAGGUAAUUGUUUCUCCUUUCCAAACACAUAAUAACAUGGCAACUUUAAGGGAACUAGCUGCACCUGACCUUCAGACCCAGCCCAUGUCCAUUACUUAUGCUGUUUUGGAAAAACCAUUGAAAUUAAACUCUGGAUUUUUGAAUAUGCUUCCCAAAUUUCAUGGCCUGUCUGGUGAAGACCCUUAUAGACAUGUUAAUGAGUUCCUCAUAACAUGUGCAGCCAUGGAACUUGAAGGAGUUCCUCAAGAGCAAAUUAGACUUAGGGCCUUUCCCUUUUCAGUAAUGGACAGAGCAAAAGAUUGGCUGUACUAUAUACCUCCUGGGUCUUUUACAACCUGGCCAUCACUGCAUAGGGCAUUCUUAGAGGAGUUCUUUCCUGCCUCAAGAAUAGGAUCUAUUAGGAAAGACAUCUGGAAUGUUAGAAGGGAACAGGAAAUUAUGGAAAAGGAACUUGACUCACAGAAAAUCCAAGACCCUGAACUGGUCAACAAUAAACCUGUUGUGACUCCUAAACCACUUGACACUCCUAAGGUUGACACUCCUAAGGCAGUUUACAAACCUCAGCCACCCUUCCCCAGUAAAUAUCAGAAUCAAAGGAAGAACAGUAAAGAACCAGAUGAUGAAAUAUUUGAAAUGUUUAAAAAGGUUCAAGUGAACAUUCCUCUUUUAAAUGCAAUAAAAAAUGUUCUAAAAUAUGCAAAAUUUUUGAAAGAGAUGUGCACUAAUAAAAGAAGGCUGAAAGGGGAUGAGAGGGUAAACAUUAGUGAAAAUGUAUCUGCCAUCUUUCAAAAGAAACUUCCACAGAAAUGUCAGGACCCUGGUGUGUUUUCUGUGCCUUGUAAGAUUGGAAAUUUGGAGAAUACUAAGGCUUUACUUGAUUUAGGAGCAUCCAUCAAUGUCAUGCCUAGGGAAUUAUUUGACCAAUUUGGGGUAGGAGAACUAAAAGAGACUGGGGUAGUUAUUCAACUUGCUGACAGGAGUUUGACUUACCCUGAAGGGGUGGUUGAGGAUGUUUUAGUCCAGGUCAAUGACAUGCUCUUUCCUGCUGACUUUUAUGUCCUAAACAUGGGACAUGAUUAUUCACGCAUCCAUCUCCUUCUGGGCAGACCGUUUUUGAAAACCGCUAAGGCCAAAAUUGAUGUUGAUGCAGGAACUUUGUCCUUAGAAUUUGAAAAUGAAGUUAUUAAGUUUAACAUUUUUGAGGCAAUGAAGUUUCCUGAUCAACUCAAUCAAGUUUUUACAUUAGACAUCAUUGAUGAAAUGGCACAAGAUGUUUUUCAAUUAUCAAAUCAGGAUGAGCUUUUGAGUGUGGUGUCCAAUAGUCUGGAUCUUGAAUCCUUGAAAUUCUCUCCAUACACUGUAAAUUCAGAGAUUCAUAAAUAUGUUAAAAUGUUAUCUGAGGUUAAAACUGUUUCUUUAACUCAUACUCUGGAGCUUCCUAAAAAUGUACCUAGACAGUUGCCCUCCCUUGUCCAACCACCUGAGUUGGAUUUGAAACCUCUACCCUUAGAUCUUAAGUAUGCUUAUUUAGGCUUGAACAAAACCUUACCAGUGAUUAUCUCCAGUAAACUGACUGAGGAACAAGAAGAUAGGCUGUUAGGAGUGUUAAAACAAUUCAGUGGAGCCAUAGGGUGGACCUUAGCUGACUUGAAGGGUAUCAGUCCAGCCUUUUUUAGCCACAGGAUUUGUUUAGAACCAGAAACGCCUAUGAAGAAAGUGGGAGAAACACUUGUUCCCAAAAGCGAAGAUGAAUUUGAUGCCGAGGACAUCAAGAAGAUUGAGAACUACGCAAAAGCAAUCAAUAUGCUUUAUUGCGCAGUGAAUCCCGACGACUACCGCAAGAUCUCUUGUUGCACAACCGCAAAAGAGAUGUGGGAUAAGCUUGAAGUCACGUACGAAGGUACGGAUCAGGUACGUGAAGCUAAAAUCGAUUUUCUUACGCAGGAAUACGAGCUUUUCAGGAUGAAAGAGGGCGAGAAGAUCGAUGAGAUGUUUGAACGCUUCUCCAAGAUCAUCAAUGAUCUUCAUGCUCUCAAGAAGACAUACACCAACAAGGAUUUAGUACGAAAAAUCCUGCGUAGCCUCACUCCCGAAUGGAGAUCCAAGGCGGAUGCGAUCUACGAAUCCAUUGGAAUCUCAAACGUAACCAUUGACGGGUUAAGAGGUAAUCUUAAAACUUAUGAGUCAACUAUUCUAACCCCUUCUUUAAGUGAUCAAAAGAAAAAGGGGAUUGCUCUAAAAGCAACCAAGGAAACGGUUGAAGAGGAAUCACUUGAUGACAAUAGCGAGUUCGGACUCGUCAUCAAGAAAUUCCACAAAUUCAUGAGAAAGGAAUUUGACCGUAAGGGGAAGAAGUAUGAUGGCCCUCCCAAGUGCUAUGGUUGUGGGGAGGUCGGGCACAUCAAACCGAAGUGUCCAAACGCCAAAGGCUCCAAGGGCAAACAUGGAUUUAAGAAACAAAGAGCUUACAUCUCUUGGGGAGGCGACUCGGGCGAAGAAUCAAGCGAGGAGGAGGAGGAAGACGAAGAAGCAAAUCUUUGUCUCAUGGCUCAAGAAGAGGAAGAAUCCUCUAGCGAAAAAGAGUUUCGACAAAUAAAGCCCGCUAAGGGAGGAAACGUCGUCUUCGGUGACAAUAGCAAAGGAAAAAUCAUCGGCAUUGGUUCGGUAGGUAAGUCCGAUGACACUUCUAUUGAUAAUGUUUUGCUUGUAAAAGGUGCAUCACUUAAAUGUUUCUGGAAGACAGGGGGAACCAGCGAUGGUAAGCCAAGCACAUCGCUGGUCAGGACAGCGAUGGGUCAAUAUAACCAUCGCUGGGUAAAGCAUUCGAUUCCACCAGGACCAGAGCUCCAUCACUUCCUCUCCUAUUUCUCUACGCGCCCCAUCGCGCCGCCUCGCAUCCUCCCGGAGCUUUACCCCCAACAAAAGGGGUUUCAUGAUCUCGACAACAAGCUCCAAGCUUUAGGACUUUGGCCGUUCGUCUCCAAGAGCCACCAAAGCUUCAACCACGGGCUUGUGCGUGCGUUCUACUCCAACCUACGCCGAGAAGGGGACGUCCUCAAGACGAGCAUCAAUCUCUAUGACAUAGAGAUCACGUUGGACACCCUCUCUCGCGUCUCAGGGCUGCCUACUCGGGGAGAGGAUACCGCGACGUACGGAGGCGAAGAUUGGUACGUCAACAACGAAGGCGUGGUCCUUCGAGAGCUUGGCAUCACCAACCUCAUCCGGCACAAGGGCGUACCGACCAUUCACUCCGCUCCUUUAGAGAAGAGGGUCCUACUCUACCUUCUCACCCGGGUUCUCCAUCCUCGGGAUCACAGCCACACCACCCUCUUCACCGAAGACGUCAAGAUGAUCCACGCGAUCAUGAACGGAGCCGACGUCAAUUGGGCCAAGUUCAUCAUGAUCAACAUGGCCGAUUUUGCAUCCAUUAGCACCGAGAGGAGUCUCCCUUAUGCUUUCCUAGUCAUGGAGAUCAUUGCACGCAACAACAUCCACAUCGCCGGCCCCGUCACCAAGAUGACCAAGCUUUGGCUCAUCAACGAUGGCACCUUCCGGAAGAAGUUCAGAAACCGCAAUGGCGCAGGGACAAGCCGUGUCACUACCGCUGCCCCUGCCCGAGCUUCUCUUCAGUCUAUUGCCGACUCUCUCAACGCCCUCACGGUCAACAUUGAUGACAUGGGCCGUGCCGUUGAGCGCAUCGACCGGACUGUGCAGCGCCAACGUCAUGAUAUGCGCGCCUACUUCAAACAAGUCCAGUACGUCCCUCCUCCGUAUGAUGGGACUUUCCUCGGCCAAGACUAUGAUGGCGGGGAUGAGGACGACGACUCCUAUGCUCCGUCGUCGUCCGACGAGGACGAGUUUGAUGAAGAGGUGGACGGCGAUGACAUGGACGUUGAGGAUGAUGAGAACGACGAUGAAGACUCCUAGACUUUCUUCACUCCUUAUCUUUAUUAUUACUAUGUUGUUUUCUUUACUAUUCCGUUGUAUUCCGCAUUUCCCUUAUCGUUAUUGAAUAAAAGUUAUCUUUUAAAUCUUUUUGUUAAUGUCAAAAGGGGGAAGAUGUUGGGUUAUGCACAAUUUGAGGGGGAACCUUUAUCCUUAAACAAUCUUUUUCAAAGUAUUAAAUUUCCAAGAAUUUAAAAUAUUAAUAAUGAUGCUUUGAUUAA